UUUUUCUUUUUUCUUUAGGAUCCCUACAACAAUAUUAUCCGUACUACAAUUGAGGCAAUGGCAGCAGUCUUCGGAGGUACUCAGUCACUGCACACAAACUCAUUUGAUGAAGCAUUGGGUCUGCCCACAAUAAAAAGUGCUCGCAUUGCUCGGAAUACCCAGAUCAUAAUACAGGAGGAGUCUGGCAUUCCUAAAGUGGCUGAUCCAUGGGGAGGUUCAUUUAUGAUGGAAUGUCUCACCAAUGACGUAUAUGAAGCUGCUUUACAGUUAAUUAAUGAGAUUGAAGAAAUGGGUGGAAUGGCCAGAGCUGUAGCUGAGGGAAUUCCCAAACUUCGGAUUGAAGAAUGCGCCGCUCGCAGACAAGCCAGGAUUGAUUCUGGAUCUGAAGUAAUUGUUGGAGUAAACAAGUACCAGUUAGAAAAAGAGGACUCAGUUGAAGUUCUGGCUAUUGAUAACACUUCAGUUCGCCAAAAGCAGAUUGAGAAGCUUGAGAAGGUGAAAGCUUGCAGAGAUAAAGCAGUUGCUGAGCAAUGUCUUAGAGCUUUAACAGAUGGUGCUAAAACAGGUCAAGGCAACCUCUUGGAGCUUGCAGUAGCAGCAGCACGUGCAAGAUGCACUGUUGGAGAAAUAACAAACGCAAUGAAGGAGGUGUUUGGGGAGCAUAAGGCCAAUGACAGAAUGGUGAGCGGAGCCUACCGCCAGGAAUUUGGAGAGAGUGAUGAAAUUCUUCAUGCCAUUAAUAGAGUUGACAAGUUCAUGGAUCAUGAAGGACGCAGACCCCGUAUCCUUGUUGCUAAAAUGGGUCAGGAUGGCCACGACAGAGGAGCCAAAGUUAUUGCUACAGGAUUUGCAGACAUUGGCUUUGAUGUAGACAUAGGCCCACUCUUCCAGACACCCCGGGAAGUGGCCCAGCAGGCUGUAGAUGCUGAUGUGCACUGCGUAGGUGUGAGCACAUUAGCAGCAGGUCAUAAAACUCUUGUUCCUGAACUCAUCAAAGAGCUAAAGACUCUUGACCGUCCCGACAUUCUGGUCAUUUGUGGAGGCGUCAUCCCCCCUCAGGAUUAUGAUUUCCUCUAUGAAUCUGGCGUGUCCAGCGUGUUUGGUCCUGGGACUCGAAUUCCAAAGGCAGCAGUCCAGGUGCUUGAUGAUAUUGAGAAGUGCCUGAAUAAGAGACAGCAAACUAUGUAACAGUGACAUUUCCCACGGUGCUCUCAGCCUUACAAUGACUAUUUACAGAAUGUGAUCACAAGCUAAGAGAAGCUAGCUAUGUAAAUUUGGUUGUAAUGUCCAGUGUCGUGUGCUUUCUAAGAAAGUUGUAAAUUCUUGAGUAUUUUUGCGAGGAUGAUUUAUAUACAUAGGCAUAUGAAAAUGUAUGUCCAAAUGGAGUUCAGUAAAAGUCCUUCAAGAAUUUUGAAAAAAUAAAAUCUAU